AUGUCGCUCGCACACACCGCUGCAGAGUACAUGCUCUCUGAUGCCCUGCUGCCUGACCGCAGGGGCUCUCGGCUCAAAGGACUGCGCCUGGAACUGCCCCUGGAUAAGAUGGUCAAGUUCAUUACUGUGGGCUUUCCCUUGCUGCUGAUGUCUCUAGCUUUCGCCCAGGAGUUCUCAUCAGGGUCUCCGAUCAGCUGUUUCUCUCCCAGCAACUUCAGUGUCAGGCAGGCUGCGUACGUGGACAGCUCGUGCUGGGACUCGCUGGCUCACCAUACGCAGGACAAGGCUGGCCAGUACAAGGUGAAAUCUCUCUGGCCUCACAAGGCUCUUCCCUACUCUCUACUGGCUCUGGCUGUGGCCAUGUAUCUGCCUGUGUUGCUGUGGCAAUAUGUAGCUGUGCCCUCCCUCAGCUCUGACAUGCUGUUCAUCAUCAGUGAGCUGGACAAGUCUUACAACCGUUCCAUCCGCCUGGUACAGCACAUGUUGCAGAUCCGGCAGAAGAGCUCUGACCCCCACGUCUUCUGGGAUGAGCUAGAGAAGGCCCGGAAGGAACGGUACUUUGAAUUUCCCUUGCUAGAGCGGUACCUGGAAUGCAAGCAGCGCUCCCAUUGGCUAGUGGCCACCUACCUCCUGAGGAAUGCCCUCUUACUCCUCUUUACCUCAGCCACUUACCUGUACCUUGGCCAAUUCCAUUUAGAUGUCUUCUUUCAAGAAGAAUUCAACUGCUUCAUCAAGACAGGGCUGCUACAUGAUGAGACCCAUGUGCCAGAGCUGAUCACAUGCAGGCUGACCUCCCUGUCUGUAUUCCAGAUUGUGAGUGUCUCCAGUGCAGCAAUAUACACCAUAUUGGUCCCAGUGAUAAUAUACAACCUCACAAGGCUAUGUCGGUGGGACAAAGGACUCCUAUCCAUCUAUGAGAUGCUCCCAGCUUUUGAUCUCCUCAGUAGAAAGAUGCUAGGAUGCCCCAUCAAUGACCUCAAUGUGAUUCUUCUUUUCCUCCGAGCUAAUAUCUCUGAGCUCAUCUCUUUUAGCUGGCUGAGUGUCUUAAGUGUGUUGAAGGAUACAACCACCCAGAAACACAACAUCGACACAGUGGUUGAUUUUAUGACCUUUGUGGCUGGCUUAGAACCCUCAAAACCUAAACAUCUCACCCAACAUACAUAUGAUGAACACGCAUAGUUUAAAAAAAGAAACAUAGAUAAGUUUUAUAGAAAGUAACUAUCCUUCUUCACAAGCUAUG